CGGUUAGCACAAUGCGAUCGCGUCGUGUUCGUGGACAACGGAAGAAUAGUAGCACAUGGAGAACACGAAGAGCUACUUGCAACUUGUACUCAGUAUAAAGAGUAUUGUGAAAGUGCAUCUGUUCAUGGACGAGAAGUGACGAUGAGGCAGAGCUUCUUGGAUAACUCAAAUCUAGAAGGACGUGUGGCUUCUCCAUCGGAGGAUGAUUACGAUAAAGUCGAAGACAUCGACAUUCGCGACGCCAGUGCCAAACUUAUCUCGGAAGAUGAAAAUAAAGGCAGAGUUGUCGACGAUGAAGAAGAUCUUGGCUUAGCCGCUAUGUCGUUUACUGUUUACAAAAGUUACAUUCGAGCUGCUGGCAGUUGGCUGGUGUGGGUGUUGUUACUUGCUGCUUUUGUUCUUAACAUAUCCGCUUCAAUCUUCUCCACUUUUUGGUUGUCACGUUGGCUAAAAACAGGUCACCACGAAGAGCUAGUCGAGACUAAUGGUAGCGUGCGGUUGCAUUCGGAAGGAAGUCUUGCUGAUAGUCCUGACACACCAUAUUUCUCAACAGUUUAUGGUGUUUCGCUUGUUGUCCUUUUUCUCUCGGGACUUUUGAAGGCAAUGAUUUUUGUAAAGGUCUCUCUCAACGCUGCGAGUCGGCUUCACAAUGGUAUGUUCUCUUCGGUGAUCCGAGGAACUGUUGGAUUUUUCGACUCGACGCCAACUGGACGAAUCCUCAAUCGCUUUUCAAAAGAUAUGGAUGAAAGUGAGCCUUUAACUUAUACAGUUUUGGAAAAAAAUCUUUUAGAUGACCGCCAUAGUGAUAUC